UGAAUAAAGAUGUCACGCAGCGCUGCGUUUCUUAAACAUUUACACGCCCAGUUCAGAUGUACACAACGUCAACAGCGGCUGUGCUACUUUUCUGUUUAUCUUCUCCAUGUCGACGUGUUUGGAUCAUUUUGGAUAGCAGCACACUCGCAACGCAUGGCAAUCCCUAUAGCCAUCUUGGACUGUGAUCUACUCUUACAUGGUCGAGGCCACAAGACCCUGGACCGCUUUGACCUGGACUCUGUCUCAGACAAUUUCCUCCUCACACAAUUUGGCUUCCCCAGAGAGUUCAUCCUGUAUCUGGUGGAAUUACUCAGAGAGGCUCUCUGUAGACGUACCCAGCGGUCCAGAGCCAUCAGUCCUGAGGUCCAGGUGUUGGCUGCUUUGGGUUUCUACACAUCUGGCUCGUUCCAGACAUCUAUGGGAGAUACUAUAGGGAUCAGCCAGGCAUCAAUGUCGAGAUGUGUGUCCAAUGUGACCAGAGCCCUGGUGGAGAAGGCUCCCCAGUUCAUCACGUUCAUCGGAGGUCCCUCCAACAGAGAGCAGUCCUUUGAGGAGUUUCAGAGGGUGGCAGGAUUCCCAGGAGUUCUGGGGGUGCUGGACUGCGUUCAGGUGACCAUCAAAGCCCCAAACAGUGAAGACUCGUCAUAUGUGAACAAAAAAGGGUUUCACUCUGUGGGCUGUCAGCUGGUUUGUAAUGCCAGAGGAUUGUUACUCAGCGCAGAAACCCACUGGCCAGGUGGACUCAAAGACAACGAGGUUCUAGAAAGAUCUGCUCUCUACAAACAGCUGCAGGAGAUUGAGGAGGGCUGGCUGCUGGGUGACCGUCGGUACCCGCUAAAGAAGUGGUUGAUGACCCCGGUAGACUGCCCAGAAUCCCCUGCAGAGCUUCGAUAUAAUCUGGCCCACACUGCUACACACGAGAUAGUGGACAGAACCUUCAGAGCCAUCCAGACCAGAUUCAGGUGUUUGGACGGCACCAAAGGAUACCUACAGUAUUCUCCAGAGAGGAGUUCAUCCAUCCUACUGGCCUGCUGUGUUCUUCACAACGCCUCCCUGCAGUCCGGGUUAGACGCCUGGACUCUGGAGAGAACCGACCCUCUGGAGCAGCCCGAGAGCCUCGAACAGAGACCUGAGGACCGCGACAGCCAGGCAGAGGAGCUCCGAAAACAGCUCAUACUCAAACACUUCAGCUAAACUGCUGUCGAGGUCAAAGUGGAAUCAAGACUCAUAUUAAAACUGGGACCACAGAAAAGCAAAUGAAUGAUGUAAAAGUUACAUUUCAAGCAAGAGAGAUGACGGACACAGUGUUGCUGAUGCAGUUUUUUAAUAUUUUGCUUGUUUCUACUCUACUGACUACACUAAGAUAACAUAGUUGUAUAUGGAGGAACAUGCAAGACGCUAUACAACAAGCCAAGACAACAUUACACCCAAACACAUUUCAAAUAACUGAACUCCCUGGAAAGUGCUUGAUUAUUCUCUCUCAAACAUUCAUAAUAAUGAAGCCCUUGGUGUUUUACAACUAUUCAAACUGUGUGCAGCUGCAGUGUUAUCCAGGUUUCUUUACAAGUGGAAAAAGUCACCCUCCUUUAUUUAAAUCUUUUUUAAAUCCCUCCCCACUUUACAUCUUCCUUCCCCAAAUAUCCACUGAUUUUCUCAUAUAUAUAUUUUUUCACUUUCCCACAUGAUUCCACAGGUUAAAAUCUUGGACUAUGUCACAAUACAAAAACAAGGCCCUUAUUUACAACAACUGCACAUUAAGUUGUCAUUGUUUAUGUACACAGGUGCAUUAAGACUGUUACGGGUGAGAAUGACAGGGUUUGUGCAAUGGGCUGCAGUUUGUGUAUUCAUGAGGGACACAAAAUAAAACAGAGAAAUAAGAAGAACAGAA